AUGUUCCGCUCUUGUUCUCCGCUUACAAAUGCUAGACUUUACUCCUCCCUGACGGUUAAAUCAUUGUAUGAGCGAAUACAACAUGCUAAUCAUGACUCCAUUUCGAUUGCUGGAUGGAUCAAGUCUAUAAGGCUUUUAAAGCGAAUAGCUUUUUUAGACUUGCAAGAUGGAACUUCUGUUAACCCUUUAAGAAUAGUUGUUCCAUUAGCAAACACUGAUGAUGCACAAUUUCUGAAAAAUUUGAAAACUGGCCAAACUUUAUCUAUUUCUAAUGCUACUUGGCAAAACACCCCCAAUAGAAAACAGCCUUUUGAGUUGCAAGUCAAAAAACCCAUCGAGUCAAUCAAACUUAUAGGUCCCGUUUCAGAAAACUAUCCACUACAGAAAAAAUACCAGAGUUUACGCUUUUUAAGGUCUUUGCCUACAUUAAAAUACAGAACCGCUUAUUUAAGCGCAAUUUUAAGAUUAAGAUCUUUUAUAGAAUUACAGUUCAUGUUAUACUUCCAAAAAAAUCACUUCACCAAGGUUUCACCACCAAUAUUAACUUCAAACGAUUGUGAAGGCGCCGGUGAGUUGUUCCAAGUUUCCACUAAUAUGUCGUCGACUGCAUCCUCGUACUUUGGGAAACCAACUUAUUUGACUGUGUCCACUCAAUUGCACUUAGAAAUCUUGGCUCUAUCACUAUCAAGAUGUUGGACUCUAUCCCCUUGUUUUCGAGCUGAAAGGAGUGACACUCCAAGACAUCUUUCUGAGUUUUGGAUGCUUGAAGUAGAGAUGUGCUUUGUUGAUAGCAUCGCCGAAUUAACAUCGUUUGUAGAAACUACAAUAAAACACGUAAUCAAUGCUUGUAUGAACAAUCAAGAAGAACUUUUACCGAAGCAAUUUGUCUCUUCACAAGAAGGUGAUUCAUCGUCAGAUAUAUCGAUAAAUCAGGAAAUACAACAAAUUAAAACACGAUGGAAAGACCUAACAAAUGAGAAAUGGCAAAAAAUAACAUAUACGCAGGCUAUAGAAAUUCUUAAUAAAUGUCACAAUGAAGUUUCACACUUCAAAUACGAACCUAAAUGGGGACAACCUUUGCAGACUGAACACGAAAAAUUCUUAGCUGGGGAAUAUUUCAAAUCCCCAGUUUUCGUUACUGACUAUCCACGUGUUUGCAAAGCAUUCUACAUGAAACAGAAUUCUACUCCUGAUGAUACCGUCGCGUGCUUUGAUUUGCUGGUUCCAGGUAUGGGCGAAAUAAUCGGUGGAAGUUUAAGGGAGGAUAAUUAUGACAAGUUAUGUAGAGAAAUGGAGGAGCGCGGAAUGAAUAAAUCUGGCGAAUUGGACUGGUACAUUUCUUUGAGAAAGGAAGGCAGUGCACCACAUGGAGGGUUUGGAUUAGGAUUUGAGAGAUUUAUCUCGUACUUAUUCGGUAACCACAAUAUAAGGGAUGCUAUACCUUUUCAUAGAACGUCGGCGGGUUCCAUUGAUUUUUGA